UUAGAUCUUAGAAUCGUUUGAUUUGAGUUCACAAAAUGUAAGACCGGAUCAAAUGCAGACAUCGGCUCAGAGACAGCCUAUUCUGACGAGAGCUCCAAAAUGGUUGCGAAUACCAUGUCGUCCAUCAUUUGGGUUUGGCGGAAAAUUAGUCACUUAUGACACUAUUAUGAGCCAAAGUCAAACUCAACCACCGGUUCAAUACAUACAGCAUGUGUUGUCCAUCCAUCAGGUGAUGACUGAUACAGAACUUCUCAAUCGCGCCGAUAAACUCGAAAACGCUUUAAGUAAUGGAAAUUUCUUGGAUUACUGUCAGUACAAGAUGUCUGACCAUUCAGACGAUGAGAUUAUAUCAAAGGCAUGGAAACUGAUUUCUUUCCAUCUCGAGAGUGAUCUACAGAAGCAAAGGGAAACACUUCUGGGUGUGAUUGGCAUUGAGGGCACCAAACAGAACGAAAUUGUAUCCAAUUUAUGUGAUUUAACUAAUAGUCAAUUUUCAACAAAUACUACUCAAAACAACGACCAAACGAAUGAACCGUUUGGAACAGACUUUAGUCCUAAUGAUCAGAUGAGCAAUAAUUUAGUGGUA